UCGAGAACCGAGAAGGGCUGGACGUGAGCGGGUACAGGGUGUUAUUUUAAGCCCUCGCGAGGGACCCGCUGGAUUUUUGGCUGGGGGUGCCAUUGGCACACGGCUGAUGAGCUGCUCGUUAGCAAAGCCCAUUAAAAUCGCACCUGGGCAAGGAAACCGGCUGCUGUAUUUGUGCCUAGAGCCGAUAUCAAGAAACUCAGUCUCGAAGGUUUCACCUCUUUCAGCAGCGAACGCGCGCGCGCUCCCCGCCCGCCCGAAUUCCCCCCCAAAAUUGAGCUACAGUGCGGUCCCAGCGCCCCCCGGAACCAAAGAGCGCGGCCCGGCUGCCGCCCGGCCCCGCGCGCGGCGGACGGGAGCGGGGGACGGCAGGCGCGGACCCUGCGGCGGGAGCGGGACCGGCCCUGCCCGGCUGACCAUGGCCCACAGCCAGUCUCGGAAGCGGUCACGGAGCAGGAGCAAAAGCAGCUCUCGGAGCAGGCAGGAGAGGAAGGAGAAGAAAAGGAGGAAAAGCAGCAAGGACUCACAGCAGGGCAGCAGCUCUCCUCCAAGGAAGAGGAACGCUGGCUCUCAUGGACACAAGUCGAGCUUGGCAGCAGCCAGGGAAGAGAAGAAGAAGGAAGGAAAGGACAAAAAGAAGAGGAAGGCCAGUACCUCUUCCUCUGAGACAGCAUCUUCAUCCACCAGCUCUUCCUCAUCCUCCUCUUCCUCCAGCCCCUCUUCUGAUGACUCCAGUGACAGUGACUCCAAAACAAAGAAGAGUCAACAUGGCAAAAAAAAGCAAGUGAAACAGAAAGACAAGAAAAAGAAGAAGAAGAAAAAGAAGAAGAAAUUAAAAAGGAAAUUAAAAAAGAAGGCAAAGGAAAAGGCUAAGGAGGAGAAAGCCAAGGGAGAAGAGGUGCCUGGCCCCUCGCUGGAGCAGUGGCAGAAGGAAUCAGUGGAGGACUCUGGGCCAGUUUUGACAGAUGAACAGAAAUCCCGGAUCCAGGCUAUGAAGCCAAUGACAAAGGAAGAAUGGGAUGCGAGGCAGAGUGUCAUAAGGAGAGUCGUGGAUCCCGAAACAGGGAGAACCAGGCUCAUUAAGGGAGACGGAGAAAUUCUGGAAGAAAUUGUCAGCAAGGAGAGACACAAGGAGAUUAACAAGCAAGCCACACGGGGGGACGGGCUGGCCUUCCAGGUGAGGACAGGGAUGCUGCAGUGAGUGUGCACCAGCCAGGCCAGGAGCCCAUCCUGCUGCCAGUGCCAGCUCAGGUAGGAGCCUCUGUCUCUGGACCACGCAGACAGCACCAUGUCAACAUGUUCCCCAGGGGCACUUUGCAGCUGCUCUGUAAGUUACUGACUGGGAAGGAGAGUGACUUUAGUGGUUCAUCUCCCACCAAACAGCUUUUCCCCUCCCUCUCCCAGCUGAGGCCAGUGUGGCUGUAAUGCACCUGAGCCCUCUAUGCCCCAAUGCGCCUUUGGAUGCUGGAGGAGCUCAGCAGCACCCAGGGGACAGGCUCGAGGGUGCUGAGCACCUCAAAGUGCUGCUGCCCCUCAGCUCCAGGCUCUGGUUGGCAGGAACCAACACUGUGGCCACAAAAUACACAAAUGGCUGCCACUUCUUCCCUUCAGGGGCUGCUUGUGGCCCCUUCCUUGCUGGAUGUGGCUCAUGGGCCCUUCAGGCUCACCAACCCUCCUGCUCAGAGAGGAGCAGCUGUGGCUCUACUCAGGCUGCAGCUCUCCCCUGCACCCUUAAGUGUCACCCUCCACUGUGCCCCGGGUCUUUUCUCAGCUUUCCUGCAGCUUCAUCUCUGGGGUGGCACUGGGGAGCACUGAGCUGGCACACUGCACUGAGAUGUGUGCAGGUGUGCUUUGUGGAGGAGUGGCUUUACCUUGCUGUCUGCUCCUGCAUGCAACUCAUGUCCCUGCCCCACAGCACAGGCCCUGGGCAGCGUUGGGGCUCUGGACCUCUCAGCCCAUGGCUGCUCUGAAGCAAACAGAGAAGCCUUUCCCCCACUGCAAAGUCCAUAAAUCUACAAACUGUAAAAAAGAAAUGGAGAAAAUGAGUUAAAGGACUAAUAGGACUGAUGUGCACGGAGGGUUUCCACGUUCUGAUCAUCGCUGUAACCCCAUUAAACUGGCGCCUGCUCA